GGCCCCAAAUAUAAAUUGAAAAAAUAAACAAAAUAAAAGAAGAUACAAAAACACUGCCAACUACCUCAAGCUUUUUGAGGUUUUCUCUUUAAUUUUUAUAGAUUUAUAACCAUUUGUGUCUUUUUUUCUUCUGCUCGUUUUAACCAUCACCGGGUUCGCGGGUUUGAAGUUAAUUUUUUAUUUGUUUCAAGUGAAUUUUUGUAACUUCUUGUCAACUGGAAAAAAAUUCUCAGUGCAAAAAAUUGUAGAAAAAUUGAAAAAAAAAAAAAAAAGUUACCGAAAAAAUAACGACCCACACGAAACACUUGCCCUGCUUUGACAGUGCAAUAAAACGACGAAUUGUCAGCCAGCAAAAACUGGCAAAACUUGUUAUUUAAGGUUUGAAUGGAUUUUUGUUGCAACUUUUCUUUUUUUUUUUGUUGUUGUUGUUUUUCGUGGAUACGACGAAUACGAAACGAAUAAUACGAGUCGAUAGUCGACAAACUUUUUAAAACAACAACAAAAACGACGACGAAUUUGAUUUUUGUUUUGUUGGUUUUUUCUUUUUGCAUUUUGUCGAACAAAACGGCUAACUCGUUUUAGUCGACGACGACGACGAGCCUCGUAGCCUCUUAAAAAGACUUUGUGGAUCGCUCACUCACGUCGAUGAGGAGGAUUCGAUUCAAUUCGAUUCAGAGAAAUAAAACGUGUGUGCUGCACUUUUUAGCUAAGAACUGAACUCGCUCAAUACCUGUGCCUCCGCCUGUGUUGCCAACUUAAAGCCCAAGUAGAUAUCUUCUCUCUCGUUGCAAGUUGUAGUUUAGUCAGAUUUUUUUGCAAACGAAUUUUUAUAUCUUUUGUGUCGUUUCGUUGUCGUUUCUCCCGUGAAUCGUGAUUUAACCGCCCACACUGACACACAUCGAAUGUGUUUUCUUUUUUCUUGUUUUUGAGUGAUUCUCGUGGAAAAUAAAUAAGCAAAACAUUACCCUUGUCCAUUAUCAUACAAAAUAAGAAAAACAAUUUGAACGUUGAAUACCUAUAAAAGUGAAAAAAAGUCACUUUGCCAUUCUGGAUUCAAUAAAAACGUAAAUUGUUUUAGAGGUCUUCAAACGAGACGAUUAUCAGCCAACGGUGGCAUUUAUUAGCGAAGGCGCUGAACGGCGGUGGGUUCGUCAGGCCGUAAUGGGGGUACUAAGGUGGCGCGAUCUUCCAGGAUCGCGAUCUUCAAUUGGGAAUAAUAAUAACAACAACAAUAACAAUCGAAAUGAGAAUCGCAACGAUGAACGUAUUCCCAAUCCACAUUCGCCUCAUGAGCAUCACAUGAACGGAUUGCAACAUUCCGGUUCGCGAUCCACUCUCCGCCACUCGAUUAGCACCCAAUCGACAUCAACCCCAGCGUCGCCCCAACUUAGCGGCAUCCAACAAAACAAUCUCGCUAAUAAUCAAUUCUGUCAAUCACGUUCAUCGGUUUCGUCACAGUCGUCGAUUGUAUCGACGAUACCAGCCUCACAGCGUCUGCUGGAAGAUGCUCUAAGCAAGCCCAGCCCAUACCCAAUGAUCAUAUUGCCUGCCAAUGGUGGUUAUUGGAUGGAUGGCACAGAUCACGAAUGUGCAUUUGAUUCACGUGGCAAUCCGGUCUUGCCACAGGCUACUUGGAUGGCUAAAUUCGAGACCGAUGAUACGGCCAAGUGUUAUCGACGUUUCUAUGUUGCUCGCGAUCACUCUAACUUGGUGGCACACGAUGACCAAAUGGGUCCGGUUCUGUUGUCGAUCAAAAAUGAAAAUGUUGCUAACCAGGAACAUGUUCGUAUCCUGCUGCGACUUCAAACCGGAACAAUGCAUGAGCUGAUUCCACUUUCAUGUCUAAGCCCAAAUCCAAGUCCAUUCAAAAUGGCGCGAUUAUUAAACGGGCAGAUAAAUGUGGAUAAUUUUAUGCCAGUUUUGUGCUCCAAAGCCUCUCAACUGAUCUCCAAUUAUGACGAACAUGUUCUGGUGUCGAGCUUUAAGUUCGGUGUUCUAUACCAAAGAUAUGGACAAACUACUGAAGAGGAGCUCUUCUGUAACACCAAUUCCUCACCAGCGUUUGAGGAAUUUCUCGACGUUCUUGGUCAGCGAAUUAAAUUGAAAGAUCACAAGGGCUACCGUGGUGGUCUGGAUAUACAAAAUGGUCACACUGGCGAAAUUGCUAUCUAUGAUGUUUUCAAAGAGAGAGAAAUUAUGUUCCAUGUAUCAACAUUACUGCCAUUCACCGAAGGUGAUCCACAGCAGUUACAGCGGAAACGACACAUUGGCAAUGACAUUGUGGCAAUAGUGUUCCAAGAAUCAAAUACUCCUUUCUCACCGGACAUGAUUGCAAGUCAUUUCUUGCAUGCAUUCAUUGUGGUGCAACCACUUGAACCGAAUUCUCCAAAUACCCGAUAUAAGGUCAGUGUGACAGCCCGUGAUGAUGUUCCAUUCUUUGGGCCAACACUACCUAGCCCAGCGGUCUUCCGAAAGGGUCAGGAAUUCAAAGAAUUCAUACUCACAAAACUAAUUAAUGCAGAAAAUGCAUGUUAUAAAGCCGAGAAAUUCGCCCAACUUGAACUACGUACGAGAGCUUCAUUACUAAAGAAUUUAGUUGAUGAACUAAAGGAGAAGACUAGAGAGUUUCUCGGUGCGGACAUGUCAAGUGGAUGUGCUGCCAGUCCUACCCCAGAGACGACCCCAAAACCGGAUACCAUGAGUGCUGGUACCCGAUUUAUUGACACGGUUAAAAAAGCCUUGAUUAUGAAAGUUCGCUCACCCAGCAUAGAUACGAGCAAUAAUGCAGCGAAUUCGGGUGAGAAGUUCUGUGUCAAUACCAAGACAAAAAAGGACAACACUCUGACGGAGACUCCUAAUCUCAAUACAUGUAGUCGAACAGGCUCAAAAUCCUCAUCAAAGUCAAAAUCAUCGAAUGAUUCGACUUCAUCAUCACCUGAUAUCACAUCACGUGGUCCGUUAAGCAGUGGCGGCAUCACAACUGUUAGUAAUAAUAACAACAACAACGCUGCCGGAAAUGUCUCAAAAGAUUUGCAAAAUGGCAACGCUAAUGGACUGGCCACUAUGUCUGAGACAAGUGAUGAUUCCAGUUUGAAUAGUGUUGAUUUGGAUCCGAUAAUGGGUCAUUUGGAUGGUGGCGCCGCUUAUAUUGACAGUGAUACUGGACUUGAAUCGAUGUCAUCGGCAGAUGCAACAACUAAAGCUUGUUCCAUCUGUUUGGAUGGUUCACAGGGUGUCAUGGGUGGUGGUUCGCCGAGCAAUGAAUCUGUUGUUGUUAUUGACAAUUUAACGCAGGAAGUCACUCGAUUGAAGUGUGAUAAGCUUGAUUUGCUUAGACAGAAUGUGACGUGCCAGCGAGACAUUAAACGAUUACGAGAACGAGAACUCUCUUUACAAGGUGAUCUUGCUGCAGCUGGUAAAGAAAUACUGCGGCUAAGAGAUCUUCUCAAAGAAUACAUGCCAGACGCUGCCACAGCACCGCUUUCGAUCUCACCAAUAGUAUAAAUUAAAUAAAUAAAAAUAAAUACCUAACAGAAUGAUACAUUUAUUUCGAAAGAGCUGAGAUGUACUAAUAAUAAUAAUUUAACCUUUUCCUGUUUCUUUCGAAUUUUGGUUAUAAUUAAUUCUAUU